UUCGUUUGUUUCACAACACUUUUCGAAAAACACCGAUAUUGUUGAAAUUGUUAGCAAAAACAAAUUAUAUAAAACACUGAUUAAAGCAAAACAUCAGCAAAGAAAUGGCAACACGUGUGGUGGCAACGGCAACGGUGCGUGCGGUAAAGGGACGUAAACUAAUACCAACACGUGCGGCGUUAACGCUGACGCCCGCUGCAGUGCAUAGGAUUAAGACGCUGCUGCAGGAUAAGCCAGAAGUGAUUGGACUCAAAGUAGGAGUUCGUCAGCGUGGCUGCAAUGGACUCUCUUAUACGCUGGACUAUGCUAACCAAAAAGAUAAACUGGAUGAGGAGGUGCUGCAGGAUGGCGUCAAGGUGUUUAUAGACAAAAAGGCGCAGCUCUCAUUGCUGGGCACCGAAAUGGAUUUUGUUGAAUCAAAGCUCUCCGCAGAGUUUGUCUUUAACAAUCCCAACAUCAAGGGUACUUGUGGGUGUGGCGAAUCCUUUAGCAUGUAGAGCAGGACCUCUCACUUACUCUUAUACAUAAAUCAAACGCACCCGCCUCGCAAGAAUGAAAUAAAUACUAAAUUAUCCAAGUUUAUGUAGAGAUUAAUUUGUUGUUAAUCUAUAAAAACAUUCAAAUUAUGCGUUCUAAGGUGCUAUGUACUAAAAAAAAAACCAA